AUGGCACCAUUGCUGAAUCCUUGUUCUUUUCAUCUCCAAAAACUUGGUCUUGAGCUCAAAUGCCCUCUCUGUCUGAACUUGCUAAAUAAACCCAUUUUGCUUCCCUGCAACCACAUAUUCUGCAAAGUUUGCAUUCCAAAGUCAAGCCAAUUUGGAUCUGAGUGCCCUGCGUGUCAAAAUCAUUAUACUGAUCAAGAGAGGAGACCUACUCCAUUUAUGGAGAAUAUUGUAGCUAUUUACAGAAGCUUGGAUGCUACUUUCAAUGCAGCUAUUUCCCCACAUUUUUCUUCUGAUUCUGGAAAACUGGGACAUUCUCCAGUUUCAGUCUUAAGUUCCGAUGUAAAUUUGAGAAGGAAUCCCAACGAAGCUGCUCCUCGAGAGGGAAGUAAGAAGUCCAAUGAUUCACUUAUCAACUGUGUUCCUAAUGGAACCAAUUCAUCUGAGGAAACUGACAAAAGCGGGCUAUUAAGUAAUUGUAGGAAUGGAGAAUUAGAGAAGCAAGGUGGAUGUGGAAUGGCUUUCAAAGUUAGCAAUCAGGCAUCCCCAUUGCAGUCUUCUGAUUGGAAAGACAAGUUUACCAAUUUUGAAGAACUAGAUAUGAAUCAACUUUUGGAAUUGUCACCGGGUGGCUCUCCUUCCUUUGGUGAUGCCAAAGAUGCAGAUGUUUGCACUGAUGAUAUAGGAAGUAGAAAUGGGAGUACAGAGAAGUAUACAGACAAGAUAUCCGUCGGGAAUAACUCGGAUACUGCUGCGAUUAUUCCUCAUAAUUUAGCAGUUUCUGACUGUAAUGAGGAACCAAAGUUUAGGGAAAAUAGUCCAGUCAUUCCACCAUCUGCAAUCUGUGAUGCAUCAGAUGUGAACGGAAGUGUUUGUGCCUUUUGCCUUUCUUCCAAGAUCACAGAUGGUACAGGCCCAAUGCUUCACUAUGCAGAUGGAAAGGAGGUAACAGGAAGCCUAAUUACUGUUUCCAGGGCCAUCCCCGUUCACAGUAAAUGCAUAGAAUGGUCCCCUCAAGUAUAUUAUGCUGGAGAAACGAUUAAGAAUUUGGAGCCUGAACUGGUAAGAGCUGCUAAGCUGAAGUGCAGCAGAUGUGGGCUGAAGGGAGCAGCUCUAGGCUGCUUUGCUAAGUCCUGCCGAAGAAGUUAUCACGUGCCUUGUGCAGUAGAAAUCCCAGGCUGCAGAUGGGAUUGUGAUGAUUUUCUAAUGCUAUGUCCAGUUCACAAAUCUAUUAAAUUUCCAAGUGAGAAGUCCCAAUCUAAAAAGCGCGAGCAUGGUGAACAUUAUUCCAAAGCCACUCAAACAUCUUCUGACAAGUUAAAUGUUUGGGCAACCUCUCCUAAUGGGCCAAAAGAAUUGGUUUUCUCUGGGUCUGCUCUAUCUUCCAAAGAGAAGCAUUUGCUGUUCAAGUUUGCUACCAUGUGUGGUGCAACUGUGUCCAAGUCCUGGAGCUCAGAUGUUACCCAUGUCAUUGCAGCCACAGACGCAAAGGGUGCAGUCAGUAGAACUCUGAAAGUUCUCAUGGCAAUUUUGAAUGGAAGAUGGAUCCUUACAAUGGAUUGGGUAAGAGCUUGCAUGGCAUCAACUUGUCAUGUUAAUGAAGAACCUUAUGAAGUCAAUAUGGACAAUCAUGGUUGUUGUGAUGGCCCCAAAAAUGGCCGACUUAGGGCUGCAACUAAUGCACCAAAGCUUUUUGAUGGUUUUAAGUUUUAUUUUAGCGGGGAUUUUAUGCCAGCCUACAAGAACGACCUCCUAAAUUUAGUUACAGUUGGUGGAGGUAGCGUUAUUGAGAACAUGGAACAAAUGAUUGCCGAAAGACACAAUGAGCAAGUUCUUUCUACGUUUUUGGUUGUUUAUAGUCAAGAUUCCCCACAAGGAUGCCUUGCAGAAGAAGCAAGUUCGUCCUUACAGAGAUUUGAAGAAGCAAAUAAUUUAGCCACAGAAAUUGGUUCCCUAGUCAUUCCACACACGUGGAUUCUGGAAACUAUAGCUGCUUGUAGGUUAUUGCCUUCUCCCUCCGGUCAAGCUGUCUCGUAG